CGGAGGGAAAAUGUUGUCAUCCACAAUUGUUGAUGAGCCUUUCUAUUGAAGACAGGAUUAACACACCAACUCCUCGCAAUGAGCUGCGUUUGUUCCAUAGCAAUGAGGUCGCUUACCCAGAUACAAACCCCACGUCGAAUCCUCCAACUGCCAAAUCUAUGCUGUUGACUCUGAAGGAAUAUGUGGCGGAAAGCAAGAAAACUGCAACGUCUCCGGAACUGCAGCCGAAACUGCUCUGCGAUGAAGGCCUCAUACGGAUCGGCGCUGGGAAACAAUUGUUCGUUCUCAGCUUUGUCAUUGGAGCAGUUGAAAAUUUCGACUUGUUAUUACCUGAUCGAAACACCGGCAAAGAAGUGGACUGUUAUGUAACUUAUUCAGUAUUUACACAUAACAUCAUGACGGAUCGAAUGUCAGCAUCCCCAACGUCGUCUGGUGGCUCGACCGUGCAUUUCAACCAGCGUACGUCCCUCCGACUGGCCUCGGACCUCGCCACCCUCAGCCGGUACUUCACGGAGUGCCCACAUCUAGUCACCAGGGUCUGUGCUGGGGAGAAUGAUGUUGGUAUCUGCAGCAUGGAUCUUCGCAAAUUAAUACCUACAGAAGACAUUCAGCACUUUUUAUCCAAGUUCUGCAAUAGUGACGGGGCUCUCAGCAUACACGAGCGUUGCUUCAUACUGCGCUGUGACGAGACUCCGGCCAGGGACGGCUCGAGGAGACCCUUCGUCGAUGUGGAAAUGAGCCUCAAAUAUAUAGGAGUUAAACAGGAAGAGAAGAAACCUCCCAACCUGACGGCCCGCAGUGCGUCCCGCCUGCAGAGUGGAGGCCGGGAGGGCGUGCCUCACGAGCCAAACCUCGACUUCCGAAGUGGAAGCUGUACCAACCUCGGACGUGAUGUGGGACAGGUCGCCUAUACUAGCGUGGGACCUAUGAAUACUGGCAGAUACAAAACGGCAUCAGGCGACGCGGUGAUCCAAUCAACAGAAAUAGCGGACCUUAUAAAGAAGAUGUGUGAGUCGUUAGCGCUGUCGCAGGAAAAGUUACUCGCGUCGCAGCCCCGGCCCGUGACGGCCGACAUGCAGGUGCAGUGCGAGGACAUGCUCGGGGACAGUAACAGUGAACCUGCACUCACUGCUCAUGGACAUGGAAAUAGAACGAUGAUAUUGGAGACAAGUAAAAGCGAUACUUGUAUCAUGAAAAAUGACAAAGAAAAGGUAAAGGAGAUGAUACCUGCACUAGAACGCAACGCCAUAAUGCAGAAGUUUGUUGACGAGCUCGAAGACUGGAAGGAGAAACAACAGGAAUUGUUUAAAUGUCAACUAAAACGUAAAGAAGAGUAUCACCUGGAACUCUUAGCUAAGGAAUGGGCGAAGAAACAAGUGGACCUGGAAUGUAAACUAAGUAAGGGCAUAGAGCAGUGUCGCAACCUCGCAGCGGACCUCAGCCGCGCCACUGAAGACUUCAGGCUUAGAGGGUACAGGAACUGCGAGAGGGAGAAAAAGUUGCUAGACGCGAAGAAAGCUCUAGAAUCCGAUUACACCGCUAAAUAUCAGGAGUUGAGAGAAGCGUCACAGAAGAUGGAAGACGACAUGAACCACCAACUCAAGCUGAAGGAUAUGAAGGUCGAGGAGUUACAGCUUCAAGUCGAACAGCUGCAGAAGCAAGUGGAACUGCUAAAGAACAACAUAAAGAAUACAGAAAAGGAAUCACAGAGUCGAUACUCCGGUUUAACGAAAGAUCAAACCGCAAGUCUUAUACAAGAGUUGCGUUACUUGGAAGAAAAAUUGGACAGCGCGGUGCAAUCGAAGGCUUUCUUCAAAGAGCAGUGGGGCCGUGCAGUGCGGGAGUUACACUUGGUGAAGCUUGCCACCAGGAAACAGAUGCUGUCGCAGCUGCAGCAGGACAGGAAGCAACUCGACCAUAUGCGACUGGACACAAUAGAAGAUGAAGAGGAAAACCGUACGAACCAGAACCCCAUUGACCUGAAGAAGUUGAAAGACGACUUCUACGUGGACAUACUCGCUAAUACACCGGCACUUAAUACGCAUUCUUUGAUUAAUCCUAGUGGACCUGAUGAGUUAGAAAUGUUCACCGAUUUGAAAAAUACACCAAAAAAUCCGAUGAACGAGAAAAUAAAUGAAUUGAUUGCGCAACGCGAUCGCUUAGUACAACAGGAUAGUCCGGAUGAAGAAAUGCUGAAACAAUUAAACCAUGAAAUACGAAGUAUGUUGCUCAGUUGUGCCACCUGACCAUCGAUAUAUUAACGACACAAUGCCCUAUAGGUUUAGGUAAUUAGCUAAAUGUAAACAAUCUUGACAUGUUUACAUGCAAUUUUUAGGUAUAAAUAUAUUACAAUCAGGUAUUUACCUAAAGCUUGCUUAUACGACCUCUUGAUAUGAUAUAUUUUUUUAUAACAUAAAAAGACAGAUAUUAUAUUAUACAAAGACAUAUCAAGGUUGUUUAUCUUUAGUUAACUUAGGACUAUUUUGUAUAUAAAACCAACUUUAUGAUGUAAAUUUCCUUCUGGACAUUUAGGCAUAGAUCACAGAUGAUCAAUCAAAUUGUAUAAAAGUAGCUUUUCUAUGAAUAGUUAAAAUAACAGUAGCCAUAGAAAAGGGAAUGAUGGCUUAUAACUUAAGUUACGCUAUGUCGAGUCAGGUCUGUAGAAAUAGGGAAAUAUAGGUAUUUGGCCACUAGGGAAAAUGUUAUAAAGGGUGUAGCUAACAAACUGAUGAUCUAGUAGUGGGUUGUAAAGGCUGGUUGUAGUUGUUCACAUCAUUAUCAUCAAUUAUAAUCAGCUAAUAAAUAUCUUACUGCUAAAAACAUAUUGACACAGUAGCCUGCCCAAUCUGGAUGAUAAACCCAUUGCAUAAAACAUAUCUCUAUUCAUCUAAAUAUAGAUUUGAUUCACAGCCAUUUUAACAAACCUCUAAAUGGAGAUCUUUUUGCGGUGAUAAUUAUAAGAGAAAAAAUGUUUGAGCUUAAAAUUAAAAUAUUGUGCCAACCUUCUCUUAUUAACUCUAAAUAAUAAUACACAUUAUAUUAAUAGUUCAUGUGUUUUCGGAUCAAUAAAACCCACGAAAUAUUAACAGCGCUGGUAAUCCUAAACACUAUUUAAACUUGAAUAUGUGUAAUAUUAUUCUAAAAAAAGGAAAAGGAAGAGUGUAUUAUUUAACUUGAAGUUCAAACGACCUAAAACAAUCACUAAAAAUCGACUAAUCAUUUUCUAAUAUCAUUGCUGUAUCGGCAUUAGAAACUGUGACUAUGUAAC